AUGUAAUUCUAGUGAAUCCAGAAAGGGAGGGGAAGGAGAGAGGGAGGGAGAGCGAGAGAAAAAGGAAGCCCUCGAUAAGUUUUUUUUGUAUAUAUUUCUCAAAAGUUACACAAACUUUCAGAGAGCACAGGUAUAACUGGAAGUCAAGUGGGGAUCAACAUGCUGAGGACGAAGACCUGAAGACGAAAAUGGAUACCAGUUUGUCAGCAGUCGUGCACAGCUCAUGACAACAGAAAAUAUUAACACUUUUAAGGCCUCGGGCCUCGAGUGACUACAGAGAGAUCCUGGACAGAGAAAAAAAGAGAGGCAAUGUCUUCUGAAUUGGACUCCAGUCUCACCAGUAUUGACUGGCUGCCUCAGCUGGGAAUCAGCAGCCUGCGCUCAGGGAGAGAAAGAAGAGGAGGAGCAGGAGAGAAUGACAAGAAGAAGGACAGGGGGAGGGAGAGAGGAGACUUCCUACCCUUCGUGCCGGACGCUUCCCCUUCUAACUUCAAAGGGAAACCCCCCCACAGCUAUGCCACUCUCAUCGCCAUGGCAAUAGCAGCUGCACCUGAGCGGAAGUUGAGUUUGAAUGACAUCUACACCUGGAUCAGUAACACUUUCCCCUAUUACAGCCGAGCUGGCCGCGGAUGGAAGAACUCCAUCCGACAUAAUCUGUCCCUUAAUAAAUGCUUCAGGAAAGUUCCUCGUCCACAGAAUGACCCCGGCAAAGGUUCCUAUUGGACGAUGGAUGGACCUGCGGAGGCGAAUCAAGCGAGGGCACCUAAACGUCCCUAUCCAGAUGAGGAAGACGAGGGGCAGGAUGAUGUUAAUACCUCGUCCACCUUUGCAAAUAGUAAAGCUGUGUUGUUACAGGGGACACAAGCAGAGAGAGGACAAUCUCCUCCUCAUCAGCCACAACCAACCUCCCACACAGACUCACUGGGAGCCAUCCAGUCGCCCCAGUCUGCCUCCCUCUCUCCUCCCCCAUGCAAGCAACCUGCACCCUACAUACCAAGCCCCAUGUCCAGUCUCCCUGUCCCUCAUUCAUCCAUCUCCCCCUCAGCCGGGCUCCCACCAGCUGCCCCCAUGACCUCCCUUAGCUCUUUCCCACCUCCCCUUCCACCGGGCCCCACUUUGUCCAUCCCCACUGUAUCUACUACACCUCUGUCUGCUGCUAAUAUGUCUACAGUUCCCCCAGCUGCUCCCUCUUUCUCCGACGCCGCCUUGUCCUUUCUCGCUAACUCAGGGCCCGCGUCCAUUUCCAGUUUCUCCUGCACCCCUAACUCGGCACCUGUGUCCGUUUGCACCAUGUCAGGACUCAGUGACUCCUCUGUAUCAGUCGUCCCUUCGUCGGUCGCCGCUCCUCCUGCCGUCUCAAUAAACUCUUCCGCUGAACCUCCCCUUCGUUUCACCUUCGACGAGCUGAAUUUGCCAGACUUGUAUGCAUCUUUCAAGUCUCUCUUCAAGAGCAUGCGGGAGAGGAGAGGCUCACAGUCGGAUGGUGCUCCUCUGGCUAUGCUGAGCAACGACACUACCCCUCUUCACACUCCAGUUCUGCCACCAAUGUCCCCUCACCCUACACCUGUACCGGCACCUGCAUCGUCUGCACAACCUCCUGAGGCAGAGCGCAUUUCACAACACACAGUGCCACCUGGCUGGUUCAGUAACCCUGAUUCUCUGAAGGAGAGCUUCCGCAUUGCCAGCAGUCUGGACUGGGCCAACAUAGACCUCUCUGGUCACCCAGACCUUCUGGAGAGCAUGCGCCAGGCGGAGCUCUGUGACUGGGCCCUGGACCCGACGCUCUUCACCUCCCUCUGUGACUCUCUGAACCGCUUCUUCACCGAGAGAGGCAUGAUCACCUCUGGGAACAACUCACCUGUGGUCCCCGGUGCACCUCAUUUAUUACAGGUUCCCCCUACCCUCGCCAGCCUCACUCACCCCUCGCCCCUUCCCUACUCUCCCAUAGUUUCCCCUGCCAGUGGAGCACAGCCUCCCCGGAGGUCUCUGCACAUGCAGGGACAGGGACCUCAAAGACCACAGCUCACACAACCUGUCUCAGCUGGGAUGCAGCCUCAGUCUAUGACACCACGACAGCGGCCUCCAUUGAAGAGUCUCCACAGCAACAGUGAGGAGAUCCAGGAUGACUUUGACUGGGAUUCUCUUCUCGUUUGAUCCUGACUGUCUGUGUGGAGGAAGGAUCAGAACAGAACUUUUCAGAAAAACCUGGCUUCCUUCGGCAAUCCUCACUGAACAAUAUGUAGAAGCUGCCUCACUGUUGGGCAUCUUCUCUGAGAGCAAGUCUGGGAUCAAGAUUGUCACAUAUGAACGAAUGCUGAAAAUGUUUUUCACCUUUAUUCAAGUUCUUAUGCUGUAAUAACUUUUUAUUUAGCAUAUCUUUUGGCAGGGUGUUUUUUUUCUGUUGGUUUACAAGGUUUGUAAACAUGUUCACCAAAGAAAAAUUAAGUGUAAAUUUAUUCUUGUCACAUUAUAGUACUCUGCAGCAUUAAAAAAACAAAGAAAAAAGGGGAGGGGAGGGGUUAUAUACAAGCAUUAAAUACAGAGUAAGCAUGAAACAAGCCAAACACACAUCCUGUGUUUUUGUUUUAUUUCAUAAAUUCCUUUUGAUUUUUUUUCCAUUUUUCUUUUCAAAUGUGAAUGUUCACAGUCAUCACCACACAAAAUUCAACCUUACCCGAUAAAAGAGAUAUUUUUCUUGUUGAUAUAAAAUAACAAUAAAUUCAUCAAACUAAAUUAAAAGAACAGCAUGGAGCAUGUUGUCAAGUCCCUGUUUUUUCCUUUCAUUCAGUGAAAUAAUUGUCUUUUCUUUUUCUUUUUUUAAAGAAGCAUCAGUAUCUCUCCCACCUCAAAGAAAAGAGGGCUGAAACACAGUGGUGCUCUGGGACACCUGUAAACCAAGGAUCCCAUAUGAAAUGUAUGAUUGGAAAAAAGGACACUGAUUGAUUUAAAAAAAAAAAAAAAUAUAUGAAAUAAGAUUGGCAGAGAAAUGUGUGACCCUUAUGAUACCUCAUUUGAAACCCCAUUACAUAGUAUUAGUACAAGUGACAAUUAAAAAAUAAAAUAAAA